UUCGUCAACAGUGAGAACAUAUCAAGCGCGACACUUCUCUCAUAUGGGAAUGUGAGCAACCGUGUUACGUGGGUUUGAUUUUCAGUUAACAAUUACUUGUAACGUGUGCAUCUUCAUAGUACUUAGAUGAUUUUCCUCGUCCAGAUUCAAUCUUAUUGAUUACAGUUUGAAAAUGGAAAUUCAUUUAAAAGCAGUGCAGCACUGUACAAUAAGACGUUUUUAAGCGAAAACACGAACCUAUGCGGCACAGUAGAUUUCUUCGAAUACAAUAAUGCGACUUCGAAAUCCACAAUCAAGCUGCUCAGUGCUUUUCAAUUUAUCAAUUUUCGCUAAUGGUAUUUAGGCCUUUAGCGAACUAAAUAUGAUAUAUUUACUUUGCACAACCGGAUGAUGAUAUUUUCCACUUGAUACGAUGGCUAUGUAUUUUCAUACUUUCGCGAAUAUAUGUCUUAUAUUUCUAUCGAGCCAAGUAGCGGCGCAAGUUGUUGUGUUUACGACAGAUAACGCUGGAUACGAGUUUCCGAAAAUUGUCAAAUCGCACGCCGUAUCGAAAACAACAAUGACGAACCCCGGUGAUUUAGCGAACCGAAUUUGUAGGCUAACAGAGGAGACGGAUAUUAUUGGAAUAGCCGCAGCAGCUAGCGAUAAAAGGCUGUAUACAUUGUCAACAAUGGCAACUUACCUAAAUAUUCCUAUUAUUGGAAUUGGUUCUCGUUCGCUUGUUUACUCGAAUAAGGAGAACCAUCCACUAUUUCUUCGUUUUGCAAUAUCUGAAUCCAAACAAGCCAAGGUCAUUCUGAGUCUUCUUCAACGUUACGCCCUCUAUAAAUUUGCACUUCUUGGUAGUCGCUCGUCAUCAACUGAAGCAUUUGUUCGAGAACUUAGACGUCUGACCAGUACUUCAUCUGUCUGGGAAUUCGUUGAUUACAUGACAAUUAAUGAGAAUGGAGAGGAUGUUGUCGAAGCAUUGCAACAAUUGGUAAUAGACGAUAUUCGUGUGGUGAUCAUACAUUGUAGUCCGCAAGAGGCCGCGGUACUUUUCAAAAUCGCAAAACAGAAAGACGUCUUGAGUCAAGGCUAUGCAAUAAUAGCUACGGAAUCCCUGUUGACAUAUAACAAAAGCCUUUUAGUUCAUUAUCCAGAAGGCCUGAUAUCAUUGAGGCUUAUUGAACACGGAAAUAUAAAUGAUACUUUUCAGGACUCAAAAACUCUUAUGAAUAUUGCAGUUAACAAAGUCAACGUUAGUUUCCAUAACGUCGGUUGCCAAGGCAUUGGAAGGAGGAGAUCUAAGGAAGGGGAUGCGUUAUAUAGGGAAUUAUUGGACACAUCAUUUGAAGGAAUAACGAGGCAUGUGAAGUUUGACAAAAAAGGUGACCUUGUCGGUGCAUCCUACGAAAUUAUUAACUUAAUGGCCAAUUCGAAGAAAAACCCCAGUAUGCAUUGGAAAGUAGUUGGAAAAUGGAACCAUGGAGCCCUGAGCCUCGAUACCUUAGUGUGGCCUGGCAAAAAGGACCGUCCAUUCGGUAUCGACACACAACGUAUUCUAGUUGUAACAAAUGUAGAAAAGCCUUUCUUAUAUUACGCUGAAUCAUCAAACUUUGAUUGUGUAACUGGCAAAAUGUGUAUCGAGACAACAAACAGCGACCCUCUUGAUAUUACCAGAGAGAUCCAUAGACUAAAGACAGUGUCAGAGAAUGACGAAGACAUCAGUAGCAGACGAUGCUGUCUAGGAUUAUGUGUUGAUCUCCUGAAUGAAAUUAGUCGUGAUCUUGAUUUGAACUAUGAUCUCUACCUUGUCGCCGAUCAAAACCACGGCGCCAUUGAAAAUGGAAGCUGGAACGGCAUGGUUGGAGAUCUGCUUCAGGGAACGGCAGACAUCGCAAUUUCUUCCUUUAGUAUCACAUUGGAACGUAGUGAAGUCAUCGACUUCACAGCACCGUUCUUCCAUUCUGGCUUUUCUGCCUUAGUUGCUAAGAAAAAACGCGAGCUAACAUUUGGUGCCUUUCUGGCCCCUUUACAUGGCUCUGUGUGGAUUACAAUUUUUAUGUCAGCCAUUGUAAUAUCAUUUGCUAUAACGUUCUUCGAGUGGGGUAGUCCAUAUGGACUACACCCAGCGGGUCGAAAUAGGAAGUAUAUAUUCGGUUUUCCGUCUGCCUUAAACAUAACAUUCGCGAUUUUGUUUUGUCACACAAUACGAACUAAGCCGCCGAAAUGCAUGACGAGUAGAACUCUACUAAAUAUGUGGGGAGGUUUUUCUGUCAUAUUUUUUGCUAGUUACACUGCUAACCUUGCUGCAUUUAUGGCAGGGCAAAUGUCAUACUUGCAUAUUGAAGGAAUAAAUGAUCCUAAGUUGAAUUCCCCAAAUGGAGACAUAAACAUCGGCACUGUAACAGGCAGUAGUAUCCAGUCGUACUUAGCAAGAUUGAAUCCUCGUUUGGACCAAUUUAUGGACAAAUUUGUGCAACCCUCUACGGAGCAAGCUAUCGAAAGUUUACGGAAUGGAGACCUUGAUGUAUUUUUAUACGACUCUCCAAUAAUCGAUUAUAGGAUGUUGAAUGACCCAGACUGUAAGUUAGUCAACGUGGGGAGCCCAUUUGGAGAGGAAGGUUUUGGAAUCGGUCUCCCUAAAGGUUCUACAUUGAAAAUACCAUUAUCGACUAUUUUACUUCAAUAUGAGAUGGACGGUCGUCUGGAGCAGCUUCAUCGAAAAUGGUUCGAUGCGGUUGGUUGUUUGAAGGAGGAUGUCCUGAACCCCCAAACCGGUGGUAACGAUAGCAGCGUGACAGUGAGACAUGUUGCAGGUUUAAUUGUAAUGUUGAUAUUAGGAAUCGUAACAGGAUUCCUGCUCCUACUCUGUGAGUUUGCAAUGCACAAAUGGGGAGUUCCUCAUCUGAGGAAAAGACCAAGAAACAAACGGAAUUUCCUUGUAAUUAGCCAGCGUAUCCAUAACGAAGUUAACAGUGGUAAUACUCAAUCGUCGUCUUCCAAUAUCAAAGAUCUCGUGGCUCUCGUGAAAAACGGCGAGUUUCGAAAAAUGCUUCACAAAGAGUAAUCACCGUUCGUAGGAUUAGAAUACAAAUUUGAUACUAUACAAUAGACCUAAAGUGAUCUUAUAUACAGUAUAUAACUUUGGCUAAAGCAUACGACGAUUGAUGGUAUUUAUGAUCACCCCUGUGUACGUAGUGGGUGUUAAUGACAUCUUAAGAAUCUUGCCGCGACAGAGUACCAGUCGUAGAGGGACGUCCUACCAUCACCAUCAGAUGCCAUCGUCUGCUAUGGCAGUAGUGUCACAUCUUUUCUGAAUAUCAUUCCUAAGAAAAAAACGACAGUUCCUCUUCCGAUUGUUGGUGAAAAUAUUUCUUGCUAUCCAUCAUAUUAUCUUGUCUUCUUGAAGGACGAUGUUUGUUUUCAAAUUUUAUUAAAAAAAAAAAAAGAAGAUGUAUAUAAUAUUUUAAAAUUAUAUUAUUUCAAAAUGUAUUUAGUAUUAAGCAAAUCUUGUCCCACAAAAUCCCUGGUAGUGCAUUCUUCAAUAUACAGUACCUGUGACUUGACUGUAUAUGGGCAUCAGUGGCGGCGCCAGUGGGGGGAAAGGGGGUGUAAGUCCCCCACCGGACAGGUCAAGCCCCACCCUCCGUCGGACAAUCAGACCAUAAAAAUAUAUAUAAAUAGGCCCACACUAAGCCAACAUUAUGUCUGUCACAGUCUGAGAGUGCCAUUUCCGGCCAUCCAGAGGCUGCUAUUCUUAAAGAAAAUCUCAUUUGGGAGGGAGAAACCUCUUUCAACCCCUUCCCCCAGCUCGCGCAUACGAUCUCAAGUCCUCUCGUCAGCAGAUUACCCACUCCUCCCCCCACCCAAGAAAAUAUAUCCUGGAGCCGCCACUGAUGGGCAUGUGAGGUCAUAUCACACCCAUAUACUGAUGGGCAAAUCUCAGCUAUUUAUCGUGUGACUCAAUAUAAUGGUGUAAUAUUCUGGAUAAUCUUAGAAUGUAGUUUAUCAUUUAAAUGAUAUUUAUGAAAAUAUUUUUACAAUUUUUUUUAAUUGGUGUAAUUAUUAUAAAGAUGAGAUAAUUCAUUAAGCCUUAUCGCUCUUAGAAGAGACUGAUUAACAAAACUAUGCCUUAUAUGUCGGUCAUUUUAACCUGAGCUAGCUCUCUGCCAAUCAUGUUUCUUCCGAGGAACCAUGUGAUGGCCUAGACACGCCCAUAAAGAAUAGUUUUUAAUUUAAUUUAUGUUAUCAAAAUUAGAUUUUAUUUUUUAAAAUAAUCAAUAUAACUAUCUUUCAUGUUUAUGGUGAUUAUUGUUACUUUGAUGACUUUGCAACUGACAGAAUAUUAAUAAAAGAAAGUAGAAACACAAAUCAUUUUGUUAUUAUAUAUUUUACAUUGAAGUACAUAUUCGCAGACCAUACAUGCAUCCAAGUGCUUAGGAGCAAUACAGUAUAAUGAACUCGGUUUACACUUAAAUAUUGUCCACCUUGGUCAUUUAGAUAAAGAGGCAAAUUCAUUGAUAAAAAAACAGAAAAGCCUCUAACCAAUAAUUAUCCAAAAUACACCAAUCAUUAAUAAUGAACCCAUAUGAAUUAAAAUUUAAAGAUAUGUUGCCUGUGAUAAAAUACAGCUUUUCUUUAUUAAAUAAACAUUAUUAUAUUCUAGUACCGUAGUUCCUUGAGUAUAAAUAAACACAUUAUUACUUUAUGCCCAAUUCUACAUACCAGCUAAAAUUUACAAAUAUUUUCA